UCAAAAUGAACGAAUCGUUCAAGAACGACACAUCACUAGUUUCCUUCAGUUUCUGAACUCUACACAUCUCUUCCUCAGUCUCCUCGACAUCCUUCAGAAAGUCAUCUUCUGAUUUACUGAGUCGCUGAAUCACAGAGUUUUUAAAGGCAAGCAUCAUCAUGGUGAACUGCUGUGGUCUCGUGUCUGAAAAAAACCAACCAGUUCCUCUGAAGAGUAUCUCGGUGGAGCUGCAGGUCCGGGAUCACGUGGCCUCCGUCAGCUCCUGUCUGCAGUAUGUGAACGAGGAGGAGCGUCCGCUGGAGGCCGUGUUCGUCUUCCCGCUGCCCGCCGACGCCGCGGUCUGUCACUUCAGCGCCAGGAUCGGAGAGCAGGAGAUUGUGGCCGAGGUGCAGGACAAACAGAGUGCGCGGGAUCAGUAUGAUGAUGCUGUGAGCUCGGGCCAGCAGGCGUUUCUGCUGGAAGAGAGCGAGGAGAGUUCAGAUGUGUUCAAACUGAGUGUGGGCUGUUUGUCUCCGGGUCAGAAGGCCUCCAUCACCAUCGUCUACAUCAUUGAGCUCAGUGUCCAGGCCGAUGACGCGCUGCGCUUCUGUCUGCCCGCUGUACUCAACCCACGAUACACACCUGCAGUUUCAGCGGCUGGUGUUCCAGAAGUUUCCUCAGCAUCAGUUAUUCCUUACACUCUGUCUCUGAGUGUUGAAGUGAGAUCUUCAGACCGUAUCUCCAAACUCGAGUCUAGCUGCCCUCUGGAUCCUCUGGAGUUCCUCGACGCGCAACACACUCACGCCAAGGUCAAUCUCAGUUCUGGUCACCGGUUCGAUAAGGAUGUGGAGCUGUUUCUGUAUUAUGAGAAUUCCCAUCAUCCCUCUGCUGUCGUGGAGGCAGGAGCGUCCGUUGCUGAGUCAGGUUCUCUGAUGGGUGACCCAGCGCUCAUGAUCAGUCUGUACCCAGAGUUCCCUGCAGAUGUGAUGUCAUCACUGGCGUCUCAGGGCGAGUUCAUUUUUGUGGUUGACAGGUCAGGCAGUAUGGGCUGCAAGAUGCAUCAUGGGAAUGACGCACAGAUGCGCAUCGAAAGUGCAAGAGACACGCUGCUGCUGCUGCUGAAGAGUCUGCCCAUGGGAUGCUACUUCAACAUCUACGGAUUCGGAUCUCGCUUUGAGUCCUUCUUUCCUCAGAGUGUUGUGUACAGCGAGGACACGAUGGAAGAGGCUCUGAAGAGAGUGAAGAGCAUGAGGGCAGACAUGGGCGGCACAGAGAUCCUACAGCCGCUUAAACACAUCUACAGUCAGCCCUGUUACCCAGAUCACCCUCGACAGCUGUUCAUCUUCACUGAUGGAGAGGUGUGGAACACUAAGGAGGUGCUGGAUCUGGUGAAGAGUCACGUUUACUCUCACAGGUGUUUCUCCUUCGGGAUCGGUGAGGGUGCGAGUACGGCUCUCAUCACAGGAAUGGCCAGAGAAGGUUCUGGUCACGCUCAGUUCAUCACAGGGACUGACCGCAUGCAGCCCAAAGUGAUGCAGUCACUCAGGUUUGCUCUCCAGCCGGCCGUGGAUAAUAUCUCUGUGGACUGGUCCGUUCCCGAGGGUGUGACGGUGGACAUGCUGUCCCCAUCCAUCAAUACUCUGUUCCAGGGUCAGAGGGCGCUCAUCUACGCUCAGAUUAAAGGACAGAGUUCAGGACAGACUGAAGGAUCUGUAACUCUGAAAUACAGGCUGAAAGAUCAACCGGUGACUAACCAGCUUCAGUUUACUCUUAAACCAGCAGAGGACACAGGACUGACGAUCCACCGGCUGGCGGCCCGGUCUGUGAUCCGCUCUCUGGAGCUGCAGGAACGAGCCGGAGGAGCAGACAUGGAGAACAUCAGGAGAAGGAUUGUGGAGCUCAGCGUUCAGGCCGGAGUGAGCAGUGCUCAUACAGCCUUCAUCGGCGUUAAUAAAGACAGCAAACAGACAGUGAAAGGACCGCUGCUGCAGAGGAGAGUGCCAGUAGCACGUAUGAUGGGUGCGUUUGGUGGUCCUGGUAUGAAUAAGUGCGUAGGAAUGGCUCCCAGAAUGAUGAGACGUUCUCCAAUGCAAUGUGACAUACAAUCGAACCGCAUGAGGAUGGAAUGUGAUUCUGUCUCAUUUAAAAAAGGAAUGGCUCCCAGAAUGAUGAGACGUUCUCCAAUGCCAUGUGACAUACAAUCGAACAGCAUGGGGAUUGAAUGUGAUUCUGUCUCUGAUGAUUGUUAUGAGGCAGAAGCUGAGCCCCAGAAGGACCCUUUGCUCCAGCUGAUCUCUCUUCAGAAAGCUGCGGGAUGCUGGGAGCUCAACGCCUCAUUGGCUGCUGUGUUUGGGAAGACAGAGGACCAGGUGACCAAUCAGAAAGCAGUACAGGUGGAUGGGUCAGUGUGGGCCACCGUCCUCGCCCUCAUCUGGUUAUAUGCGUUUAAAUCAGAUCAGCAGGUGGAGUGGCAGUUUGUGGCCAUGAAGUCGGCAUCAUGGAUCCGCUCUCAGAAACCGAAUGGCCUGUCUCAGUGUGUGUGUGAUGGGAACGCUCUGUUGGGAUGUCAGGUGACUGAAGACAUGCUGGGAAUCUGAAGACUGCAAAUCCUGUGUUCUGAGAAGACAAAAAAUCUCGUAAACAGUUGUGUUGUUUCUGGUAUAAGAUAUGAACAGUUUUUUUAAGCAGUGGUGUUUUAAGUGUAUGUACGUUUCAGGACCUGUCCUAAAAAUUAUUUAUGUCUUGCUAUUUUUCAUAUUUUAUCCAUUACUUCAAAUUUAGUGUUUUAACCGCUUCUGCUCGAAUGCUAUUUUGGGUUAGGGGUUAGGGUUAGGGCAUUUAGCUAGGGCAUUUUUCUUACCCAAAUUCAAAAACUUCCCAUACCCACAUGCAGUGGUGUACAUACAAAUGUUUGGUUUCAUUUUACAGGAAACCAUUUGAAAUUACAUAAAACACUGUUGAAAUUAAUAAAAGUUAUUUUAUAUGUUG